CUCCGGGGUCAGUAAGUGCACUGAGAAGUGACCCGGAGGGGACGGGACAUAUCUGGCAGCAGGAGGAAACAGGAAGGGAAAGCGGCCGUGACCGCUUUACCCCUGCCCCGGCACUCUGCGGCUCUGCUCCCGCGGCUCCUUUUGGUUCACGUCCAGCCAAAGUCCUCUCCCGUUUCUGCUGACUUGGCCCCAGCUUGCGGAAAGCGCCUCUUACGACACCUUCCUGUCCCAGGCGGUGCUUCAGCUCAGCUCGGCGCAGCUCAGCCGGGCUCCGCGCGGCACCGCCGGGUCUGCGAGCCGAGCCCAGCCGUGGCACCCACUGCCCCACGCUGACAUGUGGCGGCUCCUGGUCCUCCUGCAGGCUGUGGUCCUGCCCGCCCAGCUCUGCGAGGUCCCGGAGGCGGUGGCGGCACGGGCGCGCACCAUGAGCGCCCGGCUCCUGGGCCUGGCCGAGGACUCGGAGCAGCAGGCCAACCCCAGUGUCUACGUGGCCCUUCGCCUCGCUGACGACCACCACCCGGCCUUGGAGGAGCAGUACUUGGCGAGGCUCAAGGAGGCCUUCCAGGGCACCCACAGCACGAGCUCGCAGGCGGCCAGCCGGCCCAUGCGGCCCUUUCCUCGGCCCCACGCGGCGCCCCGCAGCCGAGCAUCCGCCGCCCGUGGCCACCACAGGUACCUGGGCGCUCGGCGGCGGAGCCCGGCACGGAGGGGAUGGUGCCCCCGCCACCGUCAUCCCGGGGCGACGGCCGCCCGGCCCGCUGCCGCCCGCCCUGACGCCCUCAUUCGCGGCACGGUGCCUUGCAGGAGCCCUGUGGCAGCGGGCAAGGGGGGCCGGCCCCUCACGGGGCGCCUGGCGCUGUACCUGCUGGCACUGCGGGCUGCCUGCCAGCCCCCGGACCUCGGCGCCGAGAGCCCCCCGCUCGCCCGCCUCAAGUACGCCCUGGAGGAGGACUGGACGGGCUCCCAGCAGCACGGCCACCCCCUCACCAAUUACUACCAGUACAGCCUGGGCGUGCUGGCUCUGUGCGUGCGCCGCCGGCACAUCAGGGAGGAGGUGAUCCGCAGGCUCCUGGCGGCCGAGCGGCACGGCAAGUUUGGGCACGGCGACGGGCACGCUGUGGACACGGAGGCCGUGGCGGGCCUGGCCUUCGCCUGCCUGCACCAGGCGCCGCUCGCCCGCGGCAUGCUGGCGUCGGAGCUGCACGAGGCCAUCCGCAGCGUGGCCAGGAAGCUGCUCCAGGCGCAGGGCCCUGAUGGCCUCAUCGGCAAUGUCUUCAGCACCCCCUUGGCCUUGCAGUUCUUCAUUGCCACCAACUCAUGCGAGUCGGAGCCGGAGUACAGCCGGGCCAGGGAUGCCCUGCUGCAGAGCCUGGACAACUUCACCAACCCUAUGGCCAUAUCCCAGCUGCUGCCCGCGCUGUAUGGCCGCAGCUACCUGGACAUCGCCUCCAUGAGCUGCCAGGGGGAGAGAGGCACGCUGCAGCCCAUCAGCCCCGUGACGCAGUCCACGGAGCUGGGGAACAUCAUCGUGAGGCUGGUGGUGGAGUGCCCCAAGCGGCUGUGCCACCACCACGUGCUCUAUAACCAGUCCGUGACCGUGCCCGCCGGUUCCUCCCUCCUGGACGUGCUGGAGAUGGCCUCGAAGCAGGGACACCAUGCCUUCACGUUUAAAACUCAGGACAGCCUCUACGGCCCCUUUUUAACGACGGUGAUGAAAGUGGAAGCCAAGUGGCAAGAGCGGAGGAGCUGGCAUCUCCUCUCAGCCCCCAACACCAGCCUGCAGAUGGGUAUCGCCGACUACAAGCCUCACGACGGGGAGACCCUCAUCCUGCGGCUGAGCAAGUGGUAGCCAGCGCGCGCCUGGCUGCUGCGUGGGAGGCACGUGGCUGAAGCUGGGCAGCAAGCGGGACCAGGCAGCACGGGGCCCCGGCACCAUCGUCCCAGAGGGGAGAGCUCUGUCUGACAGGGCCGAUGCCAAUGAAAUGCCUUUCCUGCACCACGAGA